UUAAAGGCAAAGCUGCUCUCACUCUGGCCGGAUCUAGCCUAUUUAUAACGCUGCCUGCACUGCAGGCAUUCCAAAACACACAAGAAACUCAAAGCAUCGCAGUCUUGCAGACACGUUUGAGUUCAGGAGCGAGUGCUCAGUCUGCUGUCUGCAGGGGUUUAUUACUUGCUCAUUCAUGUCUGCUUCGCGCAGCAGCCAACGCUUUCGCCACUCCAAGCUCUCACUGUUCGUGGCGCUGGCCACGGUGGUCGCCGCCGCACGGGCUCAGCUGUCGCCGACGUUCUACGCCUCGUCGUGCCCCGCCGCGCUCGUCACCAUCAAGACCGCCGUGAGGGCGGCCGUGCUGCUGGACCGGCGCACGGCCGGCUCCCUGCUCCGGCUCCACUUCCACGACUGCUUCGUGCAGGGCUGCGACGCGUCCGUUCUGCUCGACGACACGGGCAACUUCACCGGGGAGAAGGGCGCGGGCCCGAACGCGGGGUCGCUGAGGGGGUUCGGCGUCAUCGACACCAUCAAGGCCCUGCUGGAGGCGCUGUGCCCGCGCACCGUGUCGUGCGCCGACAUCCUCGCCGUCGCCGCUCGUGACUCUGUCGUCGCGCUUGGAGGGCCAUCGUGGACGGUGCCGCUCGGCAGGAGGGACUCCACCACGGCGAGCCUCUCCACCGCGAACACCGACCUCCCCUCUCCGGCGUCCAGCCUCAGCACCCUGCUCGCCGCGUUCGCCAGGAAAGGCCUGAGCAGCACCGACAUGGUCGCUCUGUCUGGAGCCCACACGAUGGGGCAGGCGCAGUGCCAGAACUACCGGGGCAGGAUCUACAACGACACCGACAUCAACGCCGCCUUCGCGGCGUCGCUGAGGGCCGGCUGCCCGGCGGCCGGCGGCGGCGGCGCGAGCGCGCCGCUCGACGCGACCUCGCCGAACGCGUUCGACAACGCGUACUAUGGUAACCUGGUCGCGCAGCGCGGGCUGCUGCACUCCGACCAGGAGCUGUUCAAUGGCGGCUCCACGGACGCCCUGGUCAGGAGCUACGCGGCAAGCCCGGCACAGUUCAGUAGCGACUUCGCGGCGGGCAUGGUGAGGAUGAGCGGCAUUGGUGUCCUGACUGGGAGCAGCGGGCAGAUCCGGCGCAACUGUCGGAGGGUGAACUAGCUACCAGAAACGAAGUAUACGGCAGCAUUGCGAGUAUCAUCAACUGCAAUUUUUUGUUGGGGUCCGCCGCGUGCACUUUUUUAUUUGUAACGUAUGAAUGUAUAUGAUCAUAAAGACUAUAGCCCCCUUAUAUACAACGCGGGGUUUCCCACCAAAUCAUAUGGGAAUUAAAAUUAUCCUGUAAAGAUAUCGUAAAACUUCUAUGAAAUUCUCCAUUCGAAAGAGGGCCUUAGUGUGAAAAUAAAUUGUGUAUUUGAUCAUGUUUAAAAGUAAGAACGAUUAUGGGGAAUCAAGUGAUGUUAAUUGCGUGCA